GACUGGCUCACAAACCAUCGUGUCCUCAUCUCUCCCUUCCUCUCUAGUUCACAUCUCCCUCUCUCUCUCUCUCUUCUUCAUCUCUAUAUCUCUGUCGAUGUUAAUGUGUGAGAUCCACUUCUGCCCAACCCACAGUCAUAUUUUGUCCAACCGCAACUCUCGUAUGCCUCUGAAUCUCUAUAGAGAUUCAUAUCCUUUAUAAACUUCUUUCCAUCAACUGCCAACCCGAUUCUCACUUUCACAAACCCUUAUCACAAGACUGCAAUCUCGAUCCAGCCCACCAAUCAUACGUUGGAAUUUCAAAAUGAUAUCCACUUGAUUGUCCUGUCCAAGGUUAUUCAAUAAGUGGUCAAUUCAAUUCCCCCCCUUCUCAUUGCAAUUCUUGUUGUGGGGUCAAGAAAAAUAAGCCGAGAUGGGUGAUGUUGCUAAGGACCUAGCUUCUGGGACUGCUGGAGGGGCUGCACAGUUAAUAUGUGGACACCCUUUUGAUACCAUCAAGGUCAAGCUCCAAAGCCAACCUGCUCCACUCCCCGGGCAGGUUCCCAAAUACUCAGGUGCAAUGGAUGCCGUCAGACAAACAAUAGCAGCAGAAAGCCCAAGAGGUCUGUACAAAGGUAUGGGGGCUCCGCUUGCCACCGUGGCAGCCUUAAAUGCCGUCCUUUUCACAGUGAGGGGGCAAAUGGAAGCAUUAUUGAGGUCUGAUCCUGGUGCUUCCCUCACAGUGAACCAACAAAUUAUUUGCGGUGCCGGGGCUGGAUUUGCAGUGUCAUUAUUGGCCUGCCCAACAGAAUUGAUCAAGUGCAGAUUGCAAGCCCAAAGCGCAUUGGCUGAUUCUGGCUCAGUUGCUGUGGCAGUGAAGUAUGGAGGACCUAUGGAUGUGGCGAGGCAUGUUCUCCAAUCAGGAGGUUUGAGGGGCCUAUUCAAGGGUUUGGUGCCGACCAUGGCACGUGAAGUACCAGGAAACGCUGCAAUGUUUGGCGUCUACGAAGGCCUAAAGCAGUACCUUGCAGGAGGCCAAGACACUUCUGGAUUAGGAAGAGGCUCACUAAUUGUAGCUGGAGGCGUGGCUGGAGCUUCCUUCUGGUUAUCUGUCUACCCAACUGAUGUUAUCAAGAGUGUAAUUCAGGUUGAUGAUUACAAAAACCCGAAAUUUUCUGGAUCUAUCGAUGCUUUCAGAAAAAUCCUAGCAUCAGAGGGUGUCAAAGGGCUGUACAAGGGUUUUGGACCUGCCAUGGCCAGAAGUGUUCCAGCAAAUGCAGCAUGCUUCUUGGCAUAUGAGGUGACAAGAUCUAGUUUGGGAUGAUUUUUCAUUUUGGCAUUGUCCAAGGAUUCGGAUGAAUGCUCGCCACUGUUAUUCAUUCUCUUGAGGCCAUUGUUUUGCUAUUUAUGAAGUUGGUAAUCUAAAGUGUAUUGAAAUUUCAUCUUUGCUUUGUGAGCUUUAUGUACACAAAUUGCCUAGACUGUCCAUGCUUUUUCUUGGAGUGUUAUUUACCCCA